ACAUUUGAAAUACAAAUCAUUUUAAAGUACAAAUCAAAUUAAUAAUUGCAACUUUAUCCACAACACUGACCAUAAUGCAUCGCAGAUGCAUAAAUGUUUCCCGUUUCCUACAGGCACCUUAGUGCCUCAGAUCAUAACAUACCGGGAUCGUAUCAGAAAUUUUGAUGUUUGUUUUUAUAUAGAAUUCUCACAAAUUUCUUUUGUUAAGCAAAUUUUUAUGAACAUCCGGUCAAAGUGUUACAAGUACAACUGGCUUUCGCUACGUCUUUCUUAUUCUUCCGUGGAUAAUCGUAAUAAGUCGCGAUGCUUUCUCGUCAAAAGUUGAUCAAGUGUUGUUAUUUUGUUGCAUUUAUGGAUUUGUUCGCAGUUGGUAUGUUGCUACCAUUGUUCAGCCGUCGUGGUCGUGAACUUGGAGGGUCUCCUUCGAUGAUUGGUCUCGUAGGAUCCAUUUAUGGCUGUUUACAGUUCUUGUCGAGCCCAAUAAUGGGCAAGGCAAGUGAUGUUUGGGGUCGGAAAUCGGUCUUGCUUCUUAGCUUUUUUGGUUGUUUCAUUGGUUAUUUAUACAUGGGUUUGGCAAGCACGAUUCUCAUGUAUGCUCUGGCUCGAUUACCUACAGGCCUUUUGAAACAUAGUCAGUCAUCAGCAAAAGCUUAUUUAUCGGACAUCACAUCACCUGAGGAAAGAUCAGGUGUAUUUGGUUGGUUCAAUGCAUUUGGAAGUUUUGGUUUCAUAAUCUCACCCAUUAUUGGUGGUACUGUUGCUAUGCACGACAAUGGAUACUUCAAGGUUUCACUUUUGAGCUGUAGCGUGUAUGUGUUGGCUAUAAUAUUUGUAUGGUUUGUCUUUGAUGAAAAUAAAAUAAAGUUGGAAAACUCCUACGUGGAUAAAAAAGUUGUGGAAGUGUUGGAGGGUGAUGAGAAGGUCAAUAUGAAUCUUAACAGACAUAAAAAGUUUGAAAUGGAAAGUGACUUGGUUAAUGACAAACAGAAUGACAAAGAGAAAUCAUUUUUCUCCAGAAUCGUCAAUGUUGUUGCUGUUUCAUCAAUUGUGAGUGUUUUUGACUUGUUGCUGAUACGCAUCAUUAUGGCUCUAGGUAUGUUAAUAUAUCGUAGUAAUUUUACUGCUAUGUUGGAUUAUCGUUAUGGUGUAAAUGCUAAAACAACAGGCUACAUUAUAUCCUAUGGUAGUAUUGCUGGAGCAAUAUCUGGUAUGUCAGUGGGCUCUAUAUAUAGUUACAUACAAAGUGAUGUAAAGAUGAUGUCGAUUGGUGGAAUUUUGAUGAUGUCAUCUUUAUUUGGGAUAGCGAUGUCACCAAGUAUUUAUACAGUACUUAUAUGUAUGAUACCAUUGGCUCUCUCCAGUGCCAUAAUGAGAGUUAAUUCGUACAAUCUAAUGUUAAAGCGUGUCAAACCAAAGGAAAAAGGUGCCGUCAUGGGUAUCGCAGACUCAUUGACAUCCAUUGCAAGAAUGUUAUCACCAGCUAUUGCAGGUUUUGCUGAAGAAGUUAGUGCUAUUGGACCAUGUUGGAUUGCUACACUUUGUGGCUUCAUUGGUGUUGUAAUUAUGUUGAAUUUAAAACAGGAUGAUGAUAGACGUGAGAAAAUUGAAUAAUUAUAAAAUAAUGCUGUAGUUAAUUUUUCAUUUCUAAUUUUAAAUUUAGACAUGGGCAUUUGUUAUCACAUUCCAAAGAAUAAGGUCUCACCACUGAAUGCGCUGUACGUUUACUUAAUUUAUCAAACACUUCAUCCACCCAUGACUGUAACAUAGCUCUAUUGUCUAGAAAUAACUCAUCAAAAUUAUUUCGCAAAGUUAUUUCUUAAAUUCUCUUAAUGUUGUACAGUUUUCUAAUAUCUUCAUGAAUUAGACGUUAAUAAAUUGAGCUAGUUUCAAAAUGAACCAAUAA